AUGGGCCAAGACGUGAACCUGCAUGGCUGCGAUGAAGAUCCAGGGAGCGCAAGCAAGGGUCGCACGACUGAAAUCGUGAUCAAGGAGGACGAAGAAGAAGCCAGCGACUACGAGUUCAACCUCGGCCACGUACUUGAAAAGAGCGGGCACCGUGAUGGCUCUAUGUACAGGGCUAUCUACCGGUGUGGCUGGAAAAGCGAUUAUUCUAUCGGAGAUCGUAGCGAGACUCGGUUGGAAGCAAUGAUGUUUUCAGAUCCCGCGAAACGUAUGACUCGUCCUUGUAGCAUGCUGCAAAUUUUCUCAUUAGAGUUGGCUAAAAUUCCUGGCAAUGAUGGCUUAGUAGAGUUGUAUGGAUACGUAGCGGCGCGGGAUGAUGUGGAUAAGAUGCUUAAUUAUGUCAUCAAUAUUAGCAGGGAUGAUCCCAUUAUUGUGAAGCAGGGUUCCCUCAUUAGCAUGGGUGGUGGCCCUAAGCGAGGAAUAGAUGUAAUGGACGAGGCUAUAAUCGAGUAUGACAUGAGGAUUAAGCGAGGCAGACAAGAAAGACAUGACCUACAACUGAUCGAUGGUGCAACAAUCUUAGGCCCCCACGGGACAUGGGAUAGGCCGUUCACAUAUGACAUCUCUAACGACUGUGGUGGUACAGUUAACAUAACUUUAGCACGUCUUUCUUGGGCGGUCGAGGCGACUAUAGAGGUUCUCAUCUCGGAAGUGCAGGGCGGUUUCAAUAUGUCAGUUAGAUGUUUUACCAGUGGGUUUGAUUCUGAGAUAAGGCUCUUCAAUGGCGCCAUUACCAACUCAUGUGGAUUGAAGCGGUCAAUGGUUGCCGUAAUGAAGCGGUCUUACAUACGUUUGAAAUUCAAGGUAGUUGCACCGUCUUGUCGUUCUAAGUCCCAAUAUCGUUGUACCUUUAAGGCGAAGACUCAUGGGCAUAAUGCUCAAGAGAUAAAGACUGAUUUUGCACUGAUCUCGGUGAAGGUGACUUGGUCGACAUUGCCUGGCAGCUUUCCUGCCUAA